GCUGAGUCACGUACCAUGGCCCUUCUCUGGGUUGUCCUUGGCUUCUUCCUCUUUGGCAGCAGCUUCGGCUGCGGGGUACCCCCCAUCGACCCUGUGCUGAGCGGCCUGUCCAGGAUCGUCAACGGGGAUGACGCUGUCCCCGGCUCCUGGCCCUGGCAGGUGUCCCUGCAGACUAGCUCCGGCUUCCACUUCUGCGGGGGUUCCCUCAUCAGUGAGGACUGGGUGGUCACCGCCGCCCACUGCGGGGUCAGGAAGAGUCACCUCGUGGUGGCUGGGGUAUCUGAUCACGGCUCCGAGGAGGAGGCUGUCCAGGUGCUGAGGAUCGCUGAGGUCUUUGAACACCCCCUGUGGGACCUGCGCACAGUCCGAAAUGACAUCGCCCUGCUGAAGCUGGCCACGCCCGUGAGCCUCUCCAGGACCGUGUCCGCCGUGUGCCUGCCCAGUGCCAACGCCAGCUUCCCUGCGGGCUCCCUGUGCACCACCACGGGCUGGGGCAAGACCCGGUACAACGCUCUCAAGACCCCCGACAAGCUGCAGCAGGCGACCCUGCCCAUCGUGUCCAACGCCGACUGCAAGAAGUACUGGGGCAGCAAGAUCACCGACGUGAUGAUCUGUGCGGGCGCCAGCGGCGUCUCCUCCUGCAUGGGCGACUCUGGUGGCCCCCUGGUCUGCCAGAAGGAUGGGGCCUGGACCCUGGUGGGCAUCGUGUCCUGGGGCAGCGGCCGGUGUGGCCCGUUCUUACCAGGCGUGUAUACCCGGGUCACCAAGUUUAUUCCCUGGGUUCUCGAAGUUCUGGAGGCCAACUGAGCCUCUGCCCUGCCCCAGCCCCCAUGUGUGUAAAACCCAAAUAAAACUGCUCGCAUCUUCA